AUGGGCCUGAGUCCAGCCGACGGUAGGGAGUACAGGCUUCGUCUCCGUAGGGCGCCCCCGUCUCGUCCCAAACCUGCCUUGAAAACUGCCCUUACGCCAAAUGAUGACCAACUGGCUCCCGGAUGUUCAACUGUGGCUCCCUCAGAAAUAGCUUUUCCCCCUCAAGAAUUAGAAGAAUGCGUGGGAUCACAAGCUUUGGUCCAGCUCCAGCCCCAGCAAUUCCAGCAGGGGACCCUAGAACCAGGCAAAAACGUCCAGCAAGGGGAGAAGCCUGUAGUUAACGUGGAGACCACACCCAGCCAGAAGAAAGCAGAGUUGAAUUCAAUACCCAAGUCUGAGAGUGAAGGCAAGUUAAUAAAGGAAGUAAGUGAGAGCAAACCAAGACCCAGACCUGGAGACCUGAUUGAGAUUUUUCGCAUUGGCUAUGAGCACUGGGCUAUCUACGUGGAAGAUGAUUGUGUGGUCCAUCUGGCUCCCCCGAGUGAGGAAUUUGAGGUCGGCAGCAUCACUUCAAUUUUUAGUAACCGGGCUGUGGUGAAAUACAGCCGCCUGCAGGAUGUACUGCAUGGCUGUUCCUGGAAGAUCAACAACAAACUAGAUGGGACAUACCUACCCCUGCCCGUGGACAAGAUCAUGAGGCGUACUAAAAAGAUGGUCAACAAGAUAGUGCAGUACAGCCUGAUUGAAGGGAACUGUGAACACUUUGUCAACGACCUCAGAUAUGGUGUGCCCAGGAGCCAGCAGGUAGAACAUGUCCUGAUGGAAGGUGCAAAGGCUGCGGGAGCAGUUAUUUCAGCUGUAGUGGACAGCAUAAAGCCCAAACCAGUAACUGCCUGA